AUGAACUUGAACUCACGAUUGAAUGUGGCCGAUGAACCACCUCCUAAUAAUAAUAGUCUGGUCUUGCGAUUGACCAGAUCAGAACAAGUCGGUUCUCUUUCCGAUCAGCAUGUUCAACAACCAUCAAUCGAGCAAAUACAGAUCAAUCUCUCAUUCACAGAUAAUGAUAACAACAAUAUAUCACAUACAACAACAACAACAACACUACCACUAGCAUCACAGUUGUUACUGUCACCGAUCAUAACACAACGGGAUUAUACAUUACCCUUGGUCAGUGUAUGUUUGUGUAUGAAGAAUGCUGCCACCUUUAUCGAUGAAACAUUGCUCUCGGUACUGGCACAGACCUAUCAAGGUCCCAUUGAAUUGUCAAUAUACGAUGAUGUUAGCACUGAUGGCUCGUAUGAUCGUGUAAAGAGAUGGUUCAAUAGUCAACAACAACAACAACAACAACAAUUAACAAGUGGUGGAUGUGGAUACGCUCGUAACAGGUCAAUUGAGUACUCACAUGGCCAAUACCUGUGUAUAUUGGAUGCCGACGAUAUAAUGUUCCGUGAAAGAAUUUAUCUUCAGCUCAAGGAAUGCUUGGACAAUGCUGACAAGCAUCUGAUUGUUGGUGCCAACUUUAUACGCAUACCAGAUGGCUCAUCAACACGAUACACAAACUGGUGCAAUAGUAUGGACAAUGAACAACUGCAUCUGCAUCAAUAUCGCGAGUGUACCAUCAUCCAACCAACCUGGUUUAUGAAGCGUACUGUCUAUGAUCGUAAUGGACCAUUUACAGAACCUUCACCAGAGGUCUAUUCUAGACUAUACAGUGUUGUUGGUCCAGGUACCAGUGAACAGGUACCGACAUCUCAACCUCGUAGACCAAUCCCUGAGGAUCUAUUAUUCUUCCACAGACACUUGGACCAGGACGGACAGUUGCGAAAGGUCCAUCAACCAUUAGUGAUCUACAGAUACCAUCCGGAUAAUCUGAGCAAACAGAUACAUAGACUGGUGUUGUUCAAGAUCAAACUGGAGCAUCUGGAGCGUAGGGUACUUAGCAACUGGCAACAGUUCUCGAUAUGGGGUGCUGGCAGGGAUGGCAAGAAGUUCUUCACAAUGCUCUCUGAUGCCAACAAAGAUAAAGUGGCAGCAUUCUGCGAUGUCGAUGUGAACAAGAUUGGCAAGAAGUACAAUGCAGCCUACACCAAUCACAUGAUACCUAUCGUACACUUCUCUCAGGCACCUCCACCAUUCAUACUAUGUGUGGCACUAGAUCGAACAAACAUGGAGUUGGAGAACAACAUAAAGUCAUUGAAUCUACGAGAGGGUAUAGAUUAUUGGCAGUUCAACUGA